ACAGCUUGACGGUCUCACCAACUACACUGCUCGUGGCCUUCUCCUCGUGCUAUAUAAAUAUGUAUCCGUGUCUCGGUUCCCCAUCCUCCUCUUUGUGUGUCAAUCUGACUAUAUUCUCUGGUGCAGCAAAGAUUUAUGGAUCUAAGGGACAUCGAGUCCACCCUCCCACCAGGGUUUAGGUUCUGCCCGAGCGACGAGGAACUCGUCUGCUACUACCUCUUCAACAAAGUAGCUAAUGAAAGUGUUUCAGGCGGCGGCACAAUGGUCGAGGUGGAUCUGCACACUCGUGAGCCAUGGGAACUUCCAGAGGUGGCUAAACUCAGCAGGGACGAGUGGUACUUCUUCAGCUUUCGGGACCGGAAAUACGCCACGGGAUUACGCAUGAAUCGAGCAACCAGGUCGGGUUACUGGAAGGCCACAGGCAAAGACCGUAGUGUAUAUGCACCCACGACGCGCACCUUCGUCAUGGGGAUGAGGAAGACCUUAGUCUUCUACAGUGGAAGAGCUCCCAAUGGGGUGAAGUCCGACUGGGUCAUGCAUGAGUUCCGACUGGAAGCUCCACAUACACCUCCCAAGGAAGACUGGGUACUGUGCCGAGUAUUCCGGAAGAAGAAAAAGAGUCCAGUGGUUUACAGCAUGGAGACCGAGGAGUCUUCACCUCCUCUUCCUCUGCCUGAGAGUGGCGUUGCCGAGGAGUGGCAGGAACAGAUGAUGACGACGCAGGAGAGACAGGAAGACAACGGUUCAAACACCGUCCUCAAUUGGGCAGUAUUGCGUGGCAGCCUUGUGGACUUCCCUCGGGAGUUGGGGAGCGGUAGGACGAUGGUGAUGGGAGUGGGCUCGAGAUGUGGUGGGGAUGACUACGAGAUGCUGCUGGAUAUGAGCCUGCAGGACCUCGAUGCCAUGGGAGGAGGCAUUGCAAGUGUAGGGUGUCUGAGGUUUCAAGGGAGUAGAGAUCAGCUCCUGUUCUAGAGGGGAUGUGUAAAUGUUGGAUGUCCACCGUGUUCAGUGUCUGAGAAGCUCUGCUUACAGUAUUGCUAGAAGAGUGAGUGAUUCCAGUAAAGUUCCUUGUUAACUCUCUUUGUGGGACAACCCAUUUAAUUC